UUGUUCCUGUCUUCGUCUCUGAUCUGAUAUCCCUCUAUUUUCACAUUUUAUAACAUGCGCGAGCUGCUGUUGCUGCUCACAUUUAUUUUCAGCUGGGCCAACGGCCAAUUGUUGGAAAAAUCGCGAUCGGUCUGGGUGGAACAAGGUCUUGUUCGAGGAAACAUAUAUAAUAUCGAUGGAAAGCAUAUUCAAAUUUUUCGAGGAGUUCCUUACGCAGAGCCUCCUAUUGGAGAAUUGCGAUUUAAGCCACCUGUGAAAAAAACUCGCUGGCACCAGGAACUUCCUGCUGUUGAGUAUGGACCGCCCUGUCUACAGUUUAUGGAUUUUCACAAAAACGAUAAAUUUGCAAAGACGAACAUGGAUAGGCAAAGUGAAGAUUGUCUAUACUUGAACGUAUUCAGUCCUUAUGACACUGAUGAUGAAUCUAAAACUUAUCCGAUUCUCGUCUGGAUUCACGGAGGAUCAUUUUUAGCAGGAUCAGCUGAUACUGGAAUUGAUAUGGAAGUGAUAGCAGCAAACAUUGUGUCAAAAGGAAUAGCGUUUGUCUCAAUAAAUUAUCGUUUGGGGCCGCUUGGAUUUAUGAAUUAUCAGAAUGGCGAUAAGUUGGAAGGCAAUUUUGGAAUUUGGGACAUGGUUAUGGCUUUGCAGUGGAUUCAGUCAAACAUAAAGCAGUUUAACGGUGACCCAACAAAAGUUACUGUCAUGGGUGAGAGUGCCGGUGGUGCAGCGUCCAGUCUACUAGCAUUAUCUCCAAAAACCUCAGGCCUACUCCACCAAGCUAUAAUCAUGAGCGGCUCAUCAAUGGCAGGCUGGGCAAUUCAUCGUCACAGUCAACCUGCAUAUUCUGUGGAUAAUCUUGUGGCGUACUUCAGAUGUGAGAAGUGGAUAAACGAAGAUGAUACCAAGGAAGUAGUUGGCGAUGAGUAUCAACAUUUAACACACUCGGUUAUAAGAUCAGCUCUGUGUAACUAUCAAAAUGUGAAAAUCAAUUGUCUGACUGACGAUAUGACGCAAAUGGACAAAAUGAAUUGCCUCAGGAAAGAGCUAAACUUCUCUUCUCCUCUUUUCCGCAAGGCACUUGCAGCUGAACUCGGUGUUUCCAAAAUGGUGGUUGAUGGAGAUUUGGUUCCUUCUUCCGGUGUUUCCCUGGUGCGCAAUAACGCUCGUAUCCCAAUCAUGACAGGCGUUGCAAGAAAGGAAUGGGGUCACAAGAAGGCAAUGUUUUACAACAUGCACCAGCGUGAUGGAUUGAAAAGAAGUGACGUUGAGGAACAAGUUUAUAGGAUUAUCGAUAACAGUUUUCAUGAAACGGCGUCAGAAAAGCUGGCAAAUUCAACUGUUCAGCUGAUCGCAAAUGCGACAAUUGUCAGGUAUCUCGAAACCCCUAACAACGAAUUCAUCGCCGAUCAAGUUGUAGGAGCAUUGCAAAAACUCGAAUCUGACAUCGAGUUCGUUGCUCCGUGCGAAAGAGAAGUUGCUGCUUACGUCGACAAAGGUGUCCCAGUGUAUCUCUACUCUUUCGACUACGUGCCCAAGAGUCCGAUUCUUGAAUCGGAACGGAAAAUCUACUCGUUGUUUGGAACGAAACCAGUUGAGAUGAAGCGAACCGAGAAAUCUGAAAUAUUGGAAAAAGCUGCAUUUCAUGGUCUCGAUCACGCGUUCAUUUUUUCAAAAGGAUACAGUAGCAACUUUGAAAUUUCCCCGUAUACGAAGCGAGAAGAAACAAUGUCAAAAAUUCUUUGCACAAUGCUAACAAAUUUUGUAAAGAAUGGAGAUCCUUCAACAACAAGAUUCUCUUGGCCAAUCUUCUCCGGCAAUAGCAGCCAAUACGUGUCACUGGAUGUUCCGCUCAAACUAUUGGAAGGUGAAAUUCACUUCCCCGACGCGCAAUUCUGGAACACCGAAGCUGAAUUAAUAACACGAUACGUGUCGAAAGAUUCUGAAACAGAUUUGGAUCCGGACGCGGAUUUGACAAAUGAGGAACGGGUGCAGCUCUCUGCGUACCGACGCUCUUGGUAUGCAUUAUGGGUUCUAGUGAUUAUACUAUCUUUGUUAAUAUGGGCAUUUGUUGGCUACUGUGCUUAUUAUAAAUCGAAAAGUCCUCGAAACCGUCCUUACGAUAAUAUACUCAUUUCAAAGCCCAAUUGAAUUGUAUGUUAUACUUGUAUCAUUUAUCUGAUCAGUCAUGAAAACAUCUUUGCUCGAUGCAUUCCCGUCUCGCCUAUUAAUUUGUGGCCUUCAAAUAUGAACCAUGGACUUUGUUGUUUCACGUAUUAUGUAAAUUAGUGCAAAACUGGUGGUUUUUUUAAAUAAAUUUUUGUAAAUUUUG